AUGUAUCAUCCGACAAGUUUUUGUGUUAAGCUUCAAGUUCAUUUUGGCGGUGAUGUACAUGAAAUAUCUGUACCUGCUUAUGGUGGUGCUGAACCAACUGUUGCAGAUUUAAUGAAUGCAGUAGAACAUAACUUUCGUGUACCACGUGAAUUACAAAAUCUUGUCUUUCAAGGACAAGAAUUACAUUCACGAUCAAAUGAACCAUUAAGUCAUUUUGGUAUUAGAAAUGGAGUUCCUAUUCGAUUAGUAGGUCGAAUGGUUUCACCGGAUAAAAUUAAUCCAAUUAACACUCAUUCAUAUCAACAACCAUAUUAUACUGAACAAUCUAAUACAGUUGCAACAUUUCAUACUAAUGAACAAAGUUUACCGUACUAUCAUGAACAAUUUAGAUCUGUAGAAAAUGCAUCAGUUGGCACUCAGUAUGAUCCACCUCUACCUUCUCCUGAUAAAAAUCAAUCGUCUUCAAUGCCAGAUCAAGGACAAAUAUCUCAACAUUCAAAUGACGACGAGCAUAAGCCACCAACUACACCUAAUUCAUCAGACAAAAAAUGA